UCUGGCACCAGCUGGUGGAGCAGUGGGUAAUGGUGUCUCUGAUGCAAGGCCGGCUGCCCAUCAAUCCAGAUUUGCGGCUGAUGCAGAAGGGCAUGCUGAUGCGCAAGGUGAGGUCCAAAAGCUGGAAGAAACUGAGAUACUUCAGACUUCAGGAUGAUGGCAUGACAGUCUGGCAUGCCCGGCAGGCAGGAGGCACUGCCAAGCCCACCUUCUCCAUCUCUGAUGUGGAGACGGUGCGCGAGGGCCACGAGUCCGAGCUGCUGCGGAGCCUGGCCGAGGAGUUCCCCCUGGAGCAGGGCUUCACCAUCGUCUUCCACGGCCGCCGCUCCAACCUGGACCUGGUGGCCAACAGCAUCGAGGAGGCCAAGAUAUGGAUGCAGGGGCUCCAGCUUUUGGUGGAAUUUGUUACCGGCAUGGACCAACAGGAGCGGCUGGAUCAAUGGCUGAGUGACUGGUUCCAGCGUGGAGACAGGAACCAGGAUGGUAGGAUGAGUUUCCACGAAGUCCAGCGGUUACUGCACCUGAUGAAUGUGGAAAUGGACCAAGAAUAUGCCUUCCAGCUUUUCCAAGCAGCAGACACAUCCGAGUCUGGGACUCUGGAGGGAGAAGAGUUUGUAGAGUUCUAUAAGGCGCUGACUAAACGUACUGAGGUGUACGAGCUGUUUGAAAACUUUUCGGCCGAUGGGCAGAAGUUGACCCUGCUGGAAUUUGUGGAUUUCCUCCAAGAGGAGCAGAAAGAAGGAGAGCGAGCUUCUGACCUUGCUCUGGACCUCAUCGACCGCUACGAGCCCUCAGAUAGUGGCAAAUUGCGACAUGUGCUGAGCAUGGAUGGCUUCCUCAGCUAUCUCUGCUCGAAGGAUGGAGAUAUCUUCAACCCGACCUGCCUCCCCAUCUACCAGGAUAUGACUCAACCCCUGAACCACUACUACAUCAACUCCUCUCACAACACCUACCUCGUGGGGGACCAGCUUUGUGGCCAGAGCAGCGUCGAGGGAUAUAUACGGGCCCUGAAGAGGGGGUGCCGCUGCGUGGAGGUGGAUAUAUGGGAUGGACCUAGCGGGGAACCUAUCGUUUACCAUGGACACACCCUGACCUCCCGCAUCCCAUUCAAAGAUGUCGUGGCCACUGUAGCCCAGUACGCCUUCCAGACCUCAGACUAUCCAGUCAUCUUGUCCCUGGAGAACCACUGCAGCUGGGAGCAGCAGCAGGUCAUGGCCUGCCAUCUGACCGAGAUCUUGGGGGAGCAACUGCUGAGCACUACCUUGGAUGGGCUUCUGCCCACUCAGCUGCCCUCACCUGAGGAGCUUCGGGGGAAGAUCUUGGUGAAGGGGAAGAAGUUAAGGACACUUGAGGAGGAUCUUGAGGAAGAGGAAGAGGAGGAAGAGCUAGAGUCUGAACUGGAGAGAGAGCAGGAAGCUGACCCGGAGCUGGAGGCCCAGCUGGAGUCUGAGCCCCAGGAGUUGAGCCCACGCAGUAAGGACAAAAAGAAGGAGAAGGUUGUGAUGUGUCCGCUGUUUUGUCCGCCUGUCUGUUGUGAGGUUGUGGUUCAGGCUCCUAUUUCCAAGCCUGGGCCCCUUCUCUUUCCCAAGCAGAGAUCCAAACCCAUCUUGUGUCCAUCCCUCUCUGCCCUGGUUGUCUACUUGAAGUCUGUCUCAUUCCACAGCUUCACUCAUUCAAGGGAACACUACCGCUUCUAUGAGACCUCAUCUUUCUCUGAAACUAAGGCCAGAAGCCUCAUCAAGGAGGCUGGCAAUGAGUUUGUGCAGCACAACGCCUGGCAGCUAAGCCGUGUGUAUCCCAGUGGCCUGAGGACAGAUUCGUCCAACUACAACCCCCAGGAACUCUGGAACGCAGGCUGCCAGAUGGUGGCCAUGAAUGUGCAGACCGCGGGGCUUGAGAUGGACAUCUAUGAUGGGCUCUUCCGCCAGAACGGUGCCUGCGGCUACGUGCUGAAGCCUGACUUCCUGCGUGAUGUCCAAAGCUCCUUCCACCCCGAGCGGCCCAUCAGCCCUUUCAAAGCCCAGACCCUCCUAAUCCAGGUGAUCAGCGGGCAGCAACUCCCCAAGGACGACAUGAGUAAAGAGAGGUCCAUUGUGGAUCCACUGGUGAGAGUGGAGAUCUUUGGCGUCCGCCCUGACACAACCAGGCAAGAGACCAGCUACGUGGAGAACAAUGGUUUUAAUCCAUAUUGGGGGCAGACGCUAAGCUUCCGGGUCCUGGUGCCCGAACUGGCCCUGCUGCGUUUUGUGGUCAAGGAUUACAACCGGAAAUCCCGAAAUGAAUUUAUCGGGCAGUACACAGUGCCUUGGACCUGCAUGCAGCAAGGCUACCGCCACAUACACCUGCUCUCCAAGGACGGCAUCAGCCUCCAUCCAGCUUCCAUCUUCGUGCAUAUCAGCAUCCGGGAAGGGUUGGAGGGGGAUGAAUCCUAAGGUGGGCACUUCCUGGGAAGGGUGGGUGCACUGGCCUGAGGUGGUAAGAACAACCUGGAAGGAUGCUCCAGAAAGCAAACCGGGGUGGUAAGAAUCAAGUUUUGGAUUGUGAAUUCCUAAGCACAAAAUUACCUCACCCUUCCUAACAAGCCAAUCUAGGACCUGAU